CCACUUAGACAUGUAGCCCCUUCACGAACUAGAUUGGUGCUAAUGGUAGUUUGAUGUCAGCGUGCCGCCAUUUUGGAUCAAAUGAUGAUUCCCUCAUCCUCACCCUAAUCUCUUUCUGCAAUCCAACCCACAAACCUAUCCGCAAAUCAUCGACUUGUCAAUCUCCAGUGCAGUGGAAUAAAAACAGCCUCCCCAGUGUGUGGACUUUGGACUCUGGACUCUGGAGUCCUCUCCGAUGAUGCAUGAGUUCUAGGCCUCCCGAGCUCUCUUCCCUCAGUGUCCCUCUCCCCUCUCCUCUCCUCCGGAUUUUUCGCCUCCCGAGCUCUCUUCUUUGCCUGUCCCUCUUCCCCUCUCCUCCGGACCUCCGCCUCCGCCCUCUCCUCCCCCUUGCCGACUACUUCCGCCUCCCCGUCGACGGCGACCGCGGCGGCGCGGUCCGGUGCUUCUCGACCCGGCCUACGACGUCGUCUCUUAACGAUCCUUCGCCGAACUGGAGAAACCGGCCGCCCAAGGAGACCAUCCUUCUCGACGGGUGCGACUUCGAGCACUGGCUCAUCGUCAUCGAGCCCCCCGAUCCCAGUCUCACCCGGGACGAGAUCAUCGACGGCUACAUCAAGACCCUCGCUCAGGUCCUCGGAAGGGAGGAGAAAAGUACAAUCUUGUGAACCGUUGCUUUUGGGUUGAUGUAGGUUCAUGUUGUUUGGACACUUUGGUUUGAUUUAAGAAGGCUUGCAGAGUAGUAUGAAGCUAAAAGUGGUAUGUAGGAAAGUGUAUGAUUAUAUUCGCUACGAUCUGAAGGAAAUUGCUUUCCCUUCUUCUUUGCCUGAUCCCCCGCAUAUCAAAAAAUGACAGAAACUGACAUGGAUAGAGCGGUGGUAUGUUUUGAAGGAAGCAUCUAGGCUUUAUGCAGCUAGUUGGGUGCGGGAUAUAGGGCCUGACCUCAGACCGAACGACUAUAAAAAGGAUUCAGGGGAUGAUAGCAAACCUCAUGAGGAGAAGGCUGCAUCUAAAGAAAGAGAACCCUCAACGUUGGAGGAUCUUGCGGUUGCAGCAAGAGGCGGAAUGGAGACCCUAAGGCCUGCACUGCAGCGUGUGUAUAUGACACGUGCCUCUGCGUACAGGGAUGCACUUAAGAGCUUUAUAGAAGGUUAUCAAGAAGGGAUAAAACAAGUCAUGGAAGGGAAAGAUGCUAAGCCUCAACUGCAAGAUGAUGAACCAAAGAAAUCAGUAUGAUCUUUCUUAAUGACAGGAAAGAGGAACUUUUGUAAGUUGUUCUCUAUGCCAUGUUAUUGACCAAUUUGCAGUAAUUUUUCAAAAGUCACUAAAAUAAAAUAGCAUCUAAUGAUAUAAACUCAAGUGCAAAAAAUUCUUUCUGUAGUUGGGUCUGGGCUCUAGCAUAGUUUAAACAUUGAUUGCCCCCCCUCCACCCCCUCUCUGGCCUUCCAUGUUGUUGGAUGAUAAGGCGAGGACUGUGGUCCUUUUCUUUCUGAUUUAAUUGGCUUUGUGACUGUA